AUGCUAGGCGCGGGUGCCCUACGCGCAUUCAGCGGGCUGCAAAAGGUGCUCGGGAAGCUGGAGAAGGGGAUGGGUGGGGGAGUGCCGGGAGAGAAGAGGGUGAAAAAGGAGGCGAAGAAGGGGGAGUGGGGAUGGGGGUUGGAUCAUUUUGUUGGGUUUGGGGGGACGAAGGGGGGGCCGCUGGAUGGGAUUAUGAAGGUCUUGCAGAUGUUUAUGAAUCACUAUGCGAGACUCACGCCCAGUGCGGUUCCCCGAGCGGCGUGUAUAUUGCUCGAACUGUAUUUUUUAGAGAAGCACUGA